AUGUCGUCGCCGGCGGCGGCCCGGGAGCACGUGGAGAGGAUCCGGCGCGACCGCUACUACAUUGGCCGCGGCGAGCAGAACCCGCUGGCCGAGGACAUGCACCAGGCCGUCAACUACCUCAGCCAGGAGCUCUACUCCCGGGACGUCCACUUCCUCAUGGAGCUCGUGCAGAACGCCGAAGAUAAUGAGUAUCCUAGCGGAGUAGAGCCAUCUUUGGAGUUUUUGGUUACAUCCAAUGAUGUCACUGGAUCUGGCGCAUCAUCUACUUUGCUCAUCUUCAACAACGAGAGGGGUUUUUCUCCAUCCAAUGUUGAGUCCAUUUGUCGCGUUGGAAAGUCCACUAAGAAGGGAAACAGGGACAAGGGUUACAUUGGAGAGAAAGGUAUCGGGUUCAAGAGUGUUUUUCUGAUAUCGAGCCAGCCCCAUAUAUUCAGUAACGGAUAUCAGAUCAAGUUCAACGAGAAGCCUUGUGCGGAGUGUAAUAUUGGAUAUAUUGUCCCUCAGUGGGUUGAGUCAAAACAGGUCCUUUCAGACAUAAAAACGAUAUAUGGGCUAUCCAAGGCCCUCCCAACAACAACUAUCAUCUUGCCUUUGAAGGAUGAGAAAGUUAGUGCGGUAAAGCAGCAACUGUCAAGCUUGCAUCCUGAGAUGCUGCUGUUUCUGUCAAAGAUUAGGCGGCUCUCUGUACAGGAAGCUAAUUCCAAUCCUAAAGGCAGCACUGUUAGCGAGAUUGCGAUAUCUAGUGAAAAGAACUACCAAGAGAGGAAGAACAUGCACGCAGAGUCUUACACAGUCCAUUUAUCGGCUCAAGAAAAUGGGAAAGAAGAAGAGUGUGGCUACUAUAUGUGGAGGCAGAAGUUCCCAGUAAAGCCAGAGAACAGAGUGGACAAACGUGUUGAGAUUCAUGAGUGGGUCAUCACUCUGGCCUUCCCGCACGGCGAGCGUCUAUCCCGGGGGAAGCAGAUAUCACCUGGUGUCUAUGCUUUCCUUCCCACUGAAAUGGUGACGAACUUCCCAUUCAUCAUUCAGGCUGACUUCCUCCUUGCAUCUUCAAGAGAAGCUAUUCUGUUUGACAGUCCGUGGAACAAGGGGAUUCUGGAGUGUGUCCCAAGUGCUUUCUUGAAUGCUUUUGUUGCGCUUGUGAAGUCUAGCGCUGACGCACCAGCAAUGUCCUUGCCGUCUAUGUUUAAUUUCCUGCCGGUUGAUCCUUCUCCAUUCCCAGCACUUGAGCCGGUUAGGUCUGGCAUCAAAAACAAGAUUCUUGUGGAGGAUAUAGUGCCAUGUGAGUCUCAUAGUAAACAGAAAAUAUUUUGCAAGCCCGGUGAGGUUGGACGGCUGAAACCGGCCUUUUGGAGUAUUCUCAGCAAGGCAAGGGAAUCUGGAAUUGACCUGAAGAAUCUUUCAACCCAUGGAAGCUACAUUUUGAGCUCCCAUUUCGACAAGUCCACGUAUAGUACUGUUCUAUCAUUUCUUGGUGUUAAAAGUGUUAGCACCGAGUGGUACGGAAAAUGCAUCGAGGGCUCAAAUCUUGUCAAGGAGGUAAAUGAACAGAUUUAUCUGGAAGUUUUAUCCUUUCUCGCCGACAAUUGGCAGAACUGUUUCUCCGGUACAAACAUGAUGUCUAUUCCGCUGCUGAAGUAUGUUGAUCGGAACAAUACUCUCUCUUUCUGGAGCAUUUCUAGAGCUACUCAAUCGAGUGACAGAUUGUGCAUUGCAUCUGAGAAGAAGCGCAUACAUUGGCUUAUCAGCUGGAACCGGGAGUUCCUGUCUUCUAACCGCCUUUUUGUACCUCCAAGCACACAGGAAGCUCUACAAAACUUUGCGCAGAAAACAAGAGUGACACAAUGGCUUCAGAGCUAUGCAAACGUGCAGUCCGUAUCUGCCUACAGUUAUGGACUGGUUGUUGUUAAUAACUUGAAUAUUGAUAGGAGGCCUGUUAUUGCUUUUGCUCACUUUUUGUACCACUCGUCUCAGAAGGGUCACAUAGAGAACCAUCACGUAGCAGAACUGUGCCGUGCCAUGCCGGUAAUUGACAGCUAUGGCAGCGUGGUUAAGAAAAGAAGCAGCGUUCUAGUUCCUGCAAAGGGCAGUAAAUGGGUAGGAUUGAUGGGUACCAACCCAUGGAGGCAGCAGAAUUAUAUUGAACUAUCGGCAGACUAUAAGUCAGCAGGCAGUCACGCUGGGAUCUAUGCACCUGAAGACGAGCUCUUGGCUUUCCUGAAGACACAACUGCCAGCCUUAGACAUUCCAUUCAUACACCCUCCAGAAGCAAGCUUCCCUACGGUCUCGUCACCUCUGACCGUUGACAAUGCAAUCUUGCUGCUGCAAUGGAUACAGAGUCUCAAGUCGAGGGGAGUACCGUUACCGGCUAGAUUUCUGGCUUGUGUAAAACAGGGAAGUUGGCUGAGGACAUCAGUUGGGUACAAGCCACCGAAUGAAUCCUUCCUCUCCAGUUCUGAGUGGGGAGUUCUUUUGCAAAAUGGAUCUUCCUUUGUUGAUAUACCGAUGGUUGACCAAAAGUUCUAUCAAAACAGGCUGCAUUUGUACAAGGAGGAACUGAAGGCGCUUGGGGUUAGAUUUGAGUUUCAGGAGGCAUCGGCGUACAUUGGCAGUCGCCUCAUGUCCAUGGCUGCAAGCAAUACGCUGACCAGAGAGAAUGUGUACUCACUGCUUCGUUUAAUUCGGUUUCUUCGAGAGAAAGUUCUAUCUCCAAGCGAACUCAUCAACAGUGUCAAAGAUGGACAGUGGAUGAAGAGUACUCUCGGUUACAGGUCUCCGGUUGGUUGUAUCAUCUAUGAUUCAGACUGGGCAGUUGCAUCAUGUAUCAGUAGCCAGCCGUUCCUUGAUGUCAAGUUCUAUGGAGAGGACAUACUUGCCUGCAAACCAGAGCUCAAGUUACUUGGUGUUCUGGUUGGGUUUGAAGACAGCUACAAACUUGUGAUUGAUAAUUUCAAGUUCAGUUCGGCUGCUGUUACUCCUGAGGCUACUGUACUGAUCCUCAAAUGCAUCCGGUAUGUGAACUCAUGUGAAGCCUUCAUAAGAAAGCUCAAAGAUUUGAAAUGGGUGAAGACCAGUGUAGGGUUCCGUGCUCCUAAUGAAUCUUUUCUUGCGGAUCCUCGAUGGGAGUCCCUUAUAAAUGUCUUUGAUGGGGUUCCAAUAGUUGAUUUCAGAUUUUAUGGGAGUAAGAUUAGUCCCUACAAAGAAGAGUUGGAGAAGACUGGGUUGAUAACAAGACUGGAGUCGGCAUCGAAGACUAUAUCUAACUUGUUCAAGCAGAUGGUUCUGAAUUCAUCACUUCCAAAGGCAAGUGUUCUAGCUCUGCUAGCAUGUUAUCGGCAGCUGAAAACACAGGGCGCACUUCCCGUCGAGCUUAUGAAUUGCAUGCUGAGUGAGAAGUGGUUGUGCACAUCGCUGGGUUUCAGACCCCCAUCAGAUGCAAUCUUAUUUAAUGCAGAAUGGCAGUCUCUGUCAUCAGUAGCAAACUUGCCUUUCAUAGAUGAUGGUGACUCUCACCAAGGUUUAAGCAAGGAAAUACAUGGUUAUAAAGAUGAGCUCAUGUUGCUUGGUGUUACUACUGAAGUGAAAACUGGUGUUAAGUUUGUCAUAAAUGGCAUCAACAUUCCUAAGGAUCCUUUACACAUGUCUGCAGCUACUGUGUUGUCAUUGCUUAGGUCCAUUCAGAUCUGGUUAGUUUCUUCAAGUAACUUCCCAAAGGGCUUUCUAGAGAAAAUCAAAGGCUGCAGUUGGUUGAAGACAAAAGUGGGGUUCCGACGUCCCGAUGAGUCGAUCCUGUUUGAUCCAAAGAAUUCUUCCAUCCGUAUAGAAGAUGGCCCUUUCAUUGAUGAAGCAUUCUAUGGCUCGGAGGUAGCCUCAUUCAAAGACGCGCUUGCGGCCAUCGGAGUAUCUGUGGAUGUUAGACACGGUCAUGAACUUGUUGCUCGGCAUCUGAGGAGCCACAAAAACAGGGCUACUAUUUCUCGCAUCUACACAUACCUUAAGGAGUGCAAUUGGGAGCCUGUAAACAAGACGAGUGAUUGGAUUUGGGUACCAAAUAAAAAGAAAAGUGGACAGUGGGUGAGCCCUCCAAGUUGUGUUCUUCAUGAUAAGGACAACCUGUUCAGCCCGCAACUGCAUGUCUUGGACAAAUAUUAUGACAAGCAGUUGCUGGACUUCUUUUCUCAUGUUUUUGGCGUGAGGCAUGGCCCUAGCGCUGAAGAUCAUUGCAAACUAUGGAGCACAUGGGAGAGCUAUGUCGAUGCGAUAUCUCUAGCUGACUGCUCUGCUUUCUGGCACUUCAUUGCUAAGAACUGGAGCAAAAACACGGAGAAGCUUCUUUCUGCUUGUGUCAAGGUUCCAGUUUGCACCGAUGGGACUAUCCUUCUGUCAAAGAAGGAGGAUGUGUUUAUUCCUGAUGAUCUACUUCUCAAGGAUUUGUUCGACAAGCUUCCUAACCGGUCAUUGUUCAUCUGGUAUCCUUCUUCAAGCCUGCCUUCCAUGUCUCGAGCAAAGCUGAACAACAUCUACGGUAGCAUUGGAGUCCAGGCAAUAUCCAAAGCUGUUGGGAAGAAUGAUUAUUCACUCAGAUUGGAAAAUUUCAGUCCAACAAAAGCUGCUCGGGGUAAGGUGAUCAAUGUUGUUAUGAUCAAACUGGUCCUUGCUUUUCUUGCCGAUCCUGCUCUCGACAUUUCUGCUGAAGAGCGGCACAAGAUAGUUUCCUCCCUGCUUGAUGUGACGGUGCUAGAGACCAGCGAGCCAAUCACGGUGGGAUACAACAUCAAGCUGUCCUCUGGGGCCUUUUUGGAUGUGAAGGCCAUACGGAAGCUCCGGUGGGAGAGGGAGAGCUCGAAACUCUACAUCCAGAAAAGCAAGCGUUCACCGGGCUACAAGGAAAAGUUGGAGUUUGCGACGAACUUUGCAGAUGAGAUAUCCCAAGGGCUGCUCGUUGAGAAGGCAGAGCAGAUCCCUUUACUCGCGGAGCUCAUUAAGAUUGGUAGCUUGAUGGACUUCCAUGGUGCCGCUGUCGAGUACCUUCUGAAAUCAAAGAACCUGCAGCUGUUUCCUGAAGAUGAAGAAUUCCUUGGCGCCGCAUCACUAGGUCGUAGCAGGAACCGUUAG